UUCUCUUUUAGAAAAGUGUUUUACUUGAAGGAGGAAGUAUAGUAUAGGACCUCAAUUCAGUGAGUCCGUCGUUCUUCGUUUCGUUCCUUUUUAGCUAAAUCUUUGUCAAAUACUACUACUCUUUAUUGCUAACAAUUUUCUGUUCUUCAAUAAUUUUCUACACAUCUUCCAGUACUUGAGCAAGAAUCGUUAAAACUCUUUCUCCAAAUCUGUCAACAUGCAGGCCAGUGAUAGAUUUAACAUCAAUUCCCAACUUGAGCAUCUUCAAGCGAAAUACGUUGGGACUGGGCAUGCAGAUUUGAACAGAUUUGAAUGGGCUGUUAACAUCCAACGUGAUAGCUAUGCUUCCUAUGUUGGGCAUUACCCUAUGCUUGCAUACUUUGCUAUUGCAGAAAAUGAAUCUAUUGGAAGAGAGCGUUACAAUUUCAUGCAGAAAAUGUUGCUGCCUUGUGGCCUUCCUCCUGAAAGAGAAGAUGACUGAUAAAUGAGGCUACACUUGGCUACCAUAAUUCCUUACGUUUGGUGCAUCUUGUGUGCUUCCAUUGGGAGUUUUGGCGAAUAUAAUUGUUAAAAGGAUUUCUUUGUUGCUUCUCAGUCGAAAAAUUUAGUAUCAACUUACUGGUUUGUGAUUAAUGUUGAACAGAUUAUGGUUUAACACUCAGUUUGGCUUUGAA